GAGGCUGUCUCGGGUAGCACACCCCUACCCGUCCUCAACAUGCCCAACAACAACACGGCGACUUAUUACACCUGGGGGAAAUUUCUCCUCGGCUGGAGUUUCUCGGCGCAUAAAGGCUCACUAUCGUGGCUAUCUCAGUGUAGAGGAACUGUUUUCGUCGGCAGCAUUGGAAACGAGACGAUGUUACGAAACAGGAAUGUCAUAUUAGAAGGGGACAGGGGCGUCCUGCUCGAUACUUCCGGUCACCCGAGAGACUACCUAGCGUGGGAGCUUGGGGUCUUGGAGCUCGUCUUUGCUGUGGGCUAUGGCCUUGCCUGGCGCAUGGCCAACGGUCUGUCAUUCAUGAUUCAUCACAUCUCUGGCGGCCGUUGUUCCAGCCCUGGCGGCUAA